AUGUGCUUUUAUGAUUCAUACCUCGAAUCAAUAAUAAUUCCAGAAAGUGUAAAAAGAAUUGAUGAUGAUGCUUUCCGUGAUUGUCGUCGUAUGACAAGUGUAAAAUUUUUAGGACCAGUUGAUUUUUUUGAUGGAUAUAUAUUUUAUCAGUGCGAUAUUCUUGAUCUCAUAAGCUUUCCUGAUACACCAAUGAUUGUUAAUGCACCUUUGUUUAUUUCAACUACUACUCCUAAAGCAAGAUUAUCAUUCACUUGCAAAACAUUCUUUUCUUCUACAGCUAUUGAAAGAGAUACAAAAGUUUUGAUUUCUUACAUAAAUGAAUCAAAUCUUAUUAUUACGCCUCAAUUGUUUAUUAUGAAAUCAAAUCAAACAGAAAUUUAUGAAUAUUGGGGAUUAAACACUAAUAUUAUGAUCCCUAAAAAUAUAACAACAAUCAAGGAAAGUGCUUUUGAAAAUUCAACAAUUUCCCAGAUAGGUUUUGAAGCAGAUUCACAACUUUCAACAAUUGAGAAAUAUGCAUUUAGAAAAUGUUCAAAUUUAAGUUCAUUUGACUUUUCUCCAACUUUAUUGAGGUUUUUAGGAAUUGAAUCAUUUAAAGACUGCAUAAAAUUGAGAUCUGCGAAUUUUGCAUCGAAUCAAUUAGUUGUUAUGAGAAAUGCAUUUGAGAAUUGCAAUAAUCUAGUUAAUGUGAGUAAUAUUGCAGAUGUUCUUGAAAAUUGUUUUAGUGGAUGUAUUAAAUUGGCUGAUGUUAAGAUUCGAGAUAAUGCAGCAAAAAUUGCAUACAAAUCAUUCGAAAAAUGCUAUUCAUUAGAAAGUAUUAAAAUUCCUUCGUCUAUUGAAAUAAUAUCUGAGCAUGCGUUCGCAAACUGUGUUAGUCUUAAAUCAAUCAUUUUUAGUGAAACAAAUAAUCUACUGAAAAUAUCAUUCAAUUCAUUUUCAGGCUGUAAUUCACUUGAAAACAUAAGUAAUUUUGAUUCAGACAAAUAUAAAUGCUUUGAUAAUACUCUUUACUACAAAAAUGAAACAGGAAUAGAUCUCAUCUUUCAUGCAUUUAACUCAUCAGACAAAGUGCUAAUUCUCAACUGCAAUGUUAUCUGUAGUUACUCGUUCACUGAUUGCAAUAAUGUUUAUAACAUUAGUAUUUCCCCAAACAGUGUUUCCCUGAUUGAAAAAUUUUCAUUUUACAGUUGCAAGAAUCUUAAAUAUAUCAACUUCCCACUUUCAGUUGAAACAGUUGAAUCUAAUUCAUUCACUGAUUGUCCUUCUCUUCGUUGCCCUUUAAUUAUUGAAAAUAUAACUAUUGAUUACCUAAGAAUGAUUGUUGAUUCAGGUAUUCCUAGUCGCCUGCUGUUUUCAUGUCAUAUUCUUGCUGGAUCAUAUAAUAUCCAAAUAAUAAAACGAAUAGUUAGUAAUUCACCAAGUCUUUUCUGGAAACAUCUUUCUAAAUAA